CCCCACCAAUACUAUGUUUUAUUAGGCGCAUUAGUUUGGUGUAUAUAAAAAGAAGCCCUAGUACUACGUAGGGAGGACUUGCGUGUGAGAUUUGUUAGAGAGGAUGUCGGGGAACGCUGCGGCGAAAACAGCUAAAAUAGAGGUGUGGUGGGACAUGAAGGACUGUCCGAUUCCGGAGGGGUAUGAUGCUCGUCGGGUCCGUCCAAGUAUAGAAAGGGCGUUGAAGGAACUAGGCUACUCGGGUCCUGUCUCUAUCACUGCCUAUGCCAGCCAAAAAACAAACCCCUGAUCACCACCUUCUUGCGCUCUCUUCCACCGGAGUCUUUUGCACAUACCCUUCCCUGUUAGUCACGUUUCCCUUUUGUAUAAUUUUCAACUAUAUCCCCACUGAAAUUAUUCCCUUUUGUUGAAGCAGGGGUCGAAUACAGUCGCAUGACUACAGAUUUUAGGGCAUGGAAAGUUGAUAAUCCUGCUCCGGCUUCAAUUAUGAUCAUAUCGGAUGAACUGGCUUCCAGCAAGUACCGUUUAUCACUUAUUUGCCGGAAACUACAAAAGAGUAACUACAACUGUUUUUUGGUUUAUUCAGUUAGGCCUUUUGAAAUGUCUGUCCUUCUCACUUCUGCGGAGUGGCUCUGGGAAAGCUUACUUUCAGGUGCUUGUUUCUUGUUUGUUCUCUCAUGUGUAACGAAGACGUGGGCAAGGAACUACCCGGCCACGCCUGAACACGCCACCGCUAAAAUACAUGUGUUGUGGGACAUGAAUGACUGCCCUAUUCCUGAGGGAUAUGAUGCUUGUCGUGUCCGCCCAAGUAUUGAAAGGGCGUUAAAGGAACUAGGCUACACUGGUCCUGUCUCCAUCACUGCCUUUGCCGACCAAAAACAAACCCCUGAUCACCACCUUCUUGCGCUCUCUUCCACUGGUGUCGUUUUUGCUCAUACCCUCUUUCCCUGGGACUUACACAGUCGCAUGAUUACAGAUUGUGAGGAAUGGAUAGAAGAUAAUCCUGCUCCGGCUACAGUUAUGAUCAUAUCGGAUGAACUAGCUUCGCCCAAGUCCCAUUCAUCACUUCUUUGCAGGAAACUACAAGAGAGUAACUACAACUGUUUUUUGGCUUAUUCAGUUAGGCCUUUUGAAAAGCCUAUCCUGGUCUGGGAUAGCUUACUUGCAGGUGUUUGUUCUCUCAUCUUCCACUACUACAUUACCACCAAAUUAAUUACGCUGAGCUUCUUUUUUUUUCCUCCACAGUUUCAGAGACAAAAAGAAACAUUCUUCACAAGUGCAGUGAAAGUGAAAGUGAAAGUGAAAGGGUUGCAGCAUCUACCGGAAUGUUUUGUUGCACAUUGUGCUACUGUGAUUGCAAAAGCCUCGAUGGUUUCAAUAAGCAUUUCUCAAGUAAAGAUCAUACACAGGAAGUACGCGCAUCCUCUCCCCUCUCCCUCUCUAUCAAUAGAUUGUCUAACCAUUUGAGCAACAACCUGUUUAACUCUUUCUACUCGUUGUCAAACAGGAGCACAGAAUGCUUUCGCAUAUUUAAUCAUUUUCUCACCGGCAAAGGCAAUAUAGCUUUGAUGGCUCCACCUACUUUGGUGGAGCUUUUAAUAUAAGUGUGUUUCAAAAAAAAAAAAGAAUAUCCAAGGACCAUGAUGAGGCAAGUUUCUUUUCUUAAUGAA